AUGGCGGAGGGACGUGGAGAACUAUUGCCUCAGCCGCCGCUUCACCUCUCCCUACCCCCGGCCAGCAAGCGUCCGUGUUUGCGUCCCGCUCCUCGAGGACCGGGUCCGGGGCCUGGCCCGGGAUUUCCGAACUCUCGUUUCCGUUGCCCGGAAUCUCUACUGGACUGCGCUGCGAAGGCCGUCGCGGAGAAAUGGGCCUUCGAGAGGGUGGAGGAGCGCUUCGAGCGGAUUCCCGAACCGGUUCAACGCCGUAUCGUGUAUUGGUCGUUCCCGAGGAACGAAAGGGAAAUAUGUAUGUAUUCGUCGUUUCAGUGCCGAGUGGCGGGUGAAGAGGGUCCAGUUGUGGGCUCGAGCUCGUCCGUUGGAUCUGGUACAGUCCCCGGAGGGGUUACGAACACAACAGGCAGCGCAGGGACCGGGGGUACCGGAGAUGGACUGCCUUUCCGCCGGGGAAUCCGGCUUUUGGAAACCGGUUGUGUGGACAACGUUUUACAAGUCGGUUUUCACCUCAGUGGAACAGUUAUGGAGCCGGCAACGCAAUCCGAGCCAGAGACGACACACAAGGUGGCCAUCAGCUUUGACCGUUGUAAGAUCACAUCAGUGACAUGCGGCUGUGGAAACCGUGACAUCUUCUAUUGCGCACAUGUGGUGGCGCUGUCCUUAUACCGCAUCCGCAAACCCGAGCAAGUCAAACUGCGGCUGCCCAUCUCAGAGACACUCUUCCAGAUGAACAGAGACCAGCUGCAAAAGCUGGUGCAGUAUCUUAUCACAGCCCACCACACAGAAGUGCUGCCCACCGCCCAAAAACUGGCAGAUGAAAUCCUGUCCUCCAAUUCUGAGAUCAACCAAGUACAUGGGGCUCCGGAUCCCACAGCAGGAGCCAGUAUUGAUGAUGAGAACUGCUGGCACCUGGAUGAGGAACAAGUGAGGGAGCAGGUUAAGCAGUUCCUCUCUCAGGGAGGAUACUAUGGCUCAGGCAAGCAGCUCAACUCCAUGUUUGCCAAGGUGAGGGAAAUGCUGAGGAUGCGUGACUCAAACGGGGCACGGAUGCUCACGCUAAUAACGGAGCAGUUUAUGGCUGAUCCGCGUCUAUCUUUAUGGCGACAACAGGGCACAGGCAUGACUGACAAAUGCAGACAACUCUGGGAUGAGCUUGGUGCACUGUGGGUGUGUAUCGUGCUGAACCCACACUGUAAGAGCGAAGAGAAGAGCGGCUGGCUGAGACAGCUGAAGAAAUGGGGAGACAUGGACAUCUGCCCUCUAGAGGACGGCAAUUACGGCAGUGAGCUGCCCAACAUCACAAAUGCUCUGCCACAGAGCAACCUGGCUCAGGACUCACUGGCCCGGCCUAGAAGAACAGUGUUCACAAGAGCAAUGGAGGCCUGUGACCUGCACUGGCAGGAUAGUCACUUGCAGAGAAUUAUCAGUAGUGACUUUUACAUGUCUCCGGCCUACCAGAGGGAAGGAGAGAGCCUGCUCUUCAACCCCCAGGGCUUGCCACUGUGGCUGGAUCACGUGCCUACAGCAUGCGCCAGGGUGGAUGCUUUGCGUUCCCAUGGUUACCCCAGAGAAGCCUUGCGACUGGCUGUUGCCAUUAUCAACACCCUCCGACUCCAACAGCAGCGGCAAUUAGACAUAUACAAGCAUCAGAAGAAAGAGCUGCUGCAAAGGGGAAUGACGAACACCACCAAUCUGGAGGGCUGGGUGGGUCACCCCCUCGACCCCAUUGGCUGCCUUUUUGCCACUCUCACGGAGACGUGUCGAGUAGAGGAUGACAAUACCAUGGAUACCGGAGACUCUGGUGAGCCAAAGCCUCCAGUGUACCAGCAUGUACCAGUGUGGGGAUGUCCAGACGGAGGAGAGUCGUACCUGGCACUGGCUCUAGAGGUUGCGUUGAUGGGCAUGGGGCAGCAGCGACUGAUGCCCGAAGGCCUGUAUGCCCAGGACAAGGUGUGCCGGAAUGAGGAGCAGAUUGUGGCCAAGCUGCAGGAGAUGGAACUGGAUGACGUAUUGGUGCAGACACUUCGCAAACAAGCUAUCCUCCUUUUGGAAGGUGGUCCCUUCAGUGGUUUGGGGGAGGUCAUCCACAGAGAAAGCGUUCCCAUGCACACAUUUGCCAAGUACCUGUUCACCGCCCUGUUGCCACAUGACGCAGACCUGGCGUAUAAACUGGGCCUUCGUGCAAUGAGGCUUCCAGUGCUUGAAUCUACGGCUCCCUCGGGUGAUGUCAGUCACCCUCACCAUGGCAUCUCUAUAGUGCCCAGCAGAUACCCCCGCUGGUUCACUCUGGGCCACCUGGAGUCUCAGCAGUGUGAACUGGCCUCCACCAUGCUUACUGCUGCUAAGGGUGACAUGUUGAGGUUGCGGACUGUUUUAGAGGCCAUUCAAAAGCACAUCCACUCCUCUUCGCUCAUCUUCAAAUUGGCUCAGGAUGCCUUUAAAAUUGCAACACCCGCUGAUAACCCUCCGGACAUCACGCUGCUUAAUGUAGCUCUGGAGCUUGGCCUACAGGUGAUGAGGAUGACUCUUUCUACGCUCAACUGGAGGCGGAGAGAGAUGGUCCGCUGGCUAGUCACAUGUGCUACUGAAGUCGGUUUGAGAGCAUUGGUCAGCAUUUUGCAGAGCUGGUACACUCUCUUCACCCCCACAGAGGCAACCAGCAUAGUGGCGGCCACAGUGAUGUCCCACAACACCAUUCUGCGGCUGAGCCUGGACUACCCACAGAGGGAGGAACUGGCCAGCUGCGCACGCACCCUGGCCCUGCAGUGUGCCAUGAAGGACCCCCAAAACUGCGCCCUGUCCGCUCUCACCCUCUGCGAGAAAGACCACAUCGCCUUCGAGACUGCUUACCAGAUUGUCAUCGACGCCGCCUCCACUGGCAUGACCUACUCUCAGCUCUUCACCAUCGCCCGCUACAUGGAGCACCGCGGCUACCCCCUUCGAGCCUUCAAACUGGCGUCUCUCGCCAUGACCCACUUGAACCUGGCCUACAACCAAGACACGCACCCGGCCAUCAAUGACGUGCUGUGGGCUUGUGCUCUCAGCCACUCUCUGGGCAAGAACGAGCUGGCCGCCAUCAUCCCCCUGGUGGUCAAGAGCGUUCACUGUGCCACGGUGCUUUCGGACAUUUUGCGGCGCUGCACCAUGACUGCCCCUGGCCUGGCUGGUAUCCCUGGCAGACGAAACUCGGGCAAGCUUAUGAGCACUGACAAAGCCCCUUUGAGACAGCUACUGGACGCCACCAUCAGCGCCUACAUUAACACCACCCAUUCCCGCCUCACGCACAUCAGUCCUCGCCACUACGGAGAGUUCAUAGAGUUCCUCAGCAAGGCACGCGAGACCUUUCUUUUGGCCCAAGACGGCCACAUUCAGUUCGCCCAGUUUAUAGACAACCUCAAACAGAUCUAUAAGGGCAAAAAGAAACUCAUGAUGUUGGUACGGGAACGUUUCGGUUAA